AUGCAUCUAGCCCUCUCAGAAUCCCUCUCUACCCUCGUCGCCAAACGCUUCGCAGCAGCAAAAGAAGGCGGUCAUCUUGUCUUCUCCCCGACCCAGGUUACCACCAUACAGACUUCUGGGAUAUCGUACCAACUCCGCUACUGCCCCUCCCUCGCCAAAAAACCCUCUGCCCUCCCUAAACCUGUCGACUCCGCACAAACCGAAGCACAACGGCAGGGCAAGAAACCGGAUCCGUUUGAUAACCCAUCGCCGGGGCUACUUGUAACAGAUACCCCUGGCACAGAUAAUGGGAGCCAGGGGUACUGGGUUGUGCUGAAUAAAUUCCCGAUUAUCAGGAAUCAUUUUAUCCUCGCGACGAAAGAGUGGAAGAGUCAGUCGGAUUUGCUGGAGAAGGGGGAUUUAGAGGCAUGUUAUACUUGUAUAAAGGCUUGGGAUGAUAAUGGCGAUAAUGGGGAGGGGAAUGGGAGGAGGUUAUUCGCGUUCUUCAACUCCGGGCCUGAAAGCGGUGCGAGCCAACCGCAUCGACAUAUACAGUUUCUCCCCAUUGAGGAUAUGAAGCGGACGUAUGAGGGCGCUGGUAUUGAGGGGUGGAGGCCUUUGAUCGAUGUUGUUGUUGAGCGCGGUCAGAACAAGGGCCAGAGACAAUCGCAGUCGCAGAGUGAAGGGUUGUUGACAGACGACCGUCUCCCAUUCGCGCAUUAUGUGCUGCCGAUACCGACAAAUCCGUCUGCGGAGAUGUUGCAUUCCAUAUAUCUCUCGCUCUAUCGAGCGGCUGUAUCAGCUACUACCGAGGUCUCUGAGAACCCCGCUGAGCUGAGCAUCCAAGACCACGGCCCCGCGGCUAUCAGCCAUAACCUUGCUAUGACUGAGACUGCGAUGAUGAUUUGUCCGCGGAAGAGUGAGAAUGCCACGAUUUCUAUACAAUGGAAGGAUGAGGCGAAGGGGGAGGGGAUCGUUGAGCCGGGGGUUAUUGCGCUGAAUGGGACGGUUUUAGGGGGUACGUUGAUGGUAAAGAUGGAGGGAGAGUGGGAGGAGUUGAAGACGCCGGAUGUGUUGGGGGGUGUGCUGGGGAAGGUUGGGUUUCCAGUUGGGGGGAGGGCCUCGCUGUAG